AGUGUCCGUGGGCGGUGGCGCGCGCAAUGGAGAAAGACACGGCGGCGACGGCGACUGCGGCGGUGGCGGCGAGGGUGUGCCGGAGGUGCAAGGAGAAGUACUCGCCGUCGGACAACACACCGCAGUCCUGCAGGUUCCACCCUUCCUUCUUCGUCUGCCGCCGCCACGACGACCAAAAGAGGUACUACGAGCUCAAGGACGGCGACCCGCCCUACGCCGCCAGGUUCUACGACUGCUGCGGCGCCGAGGACCCCGAAGCCGCCGGCUGCGCCACUGGCUUCCAUCUCUCCUACGACGACCCGGAGUAACAUACUUGUACGCCCACUUGUUCCUCUUCUGCCAGUGCUCGAUCUGCACUUUCAUCCUCUGAAAAAUACAAGUGGUCGAUCUGCACUUUUUAGCUAGUCUUGUCAGUCUGUGCAGUAAUCAAAUACAGUGGUCAUCUGGAAGAAAAAAUCCAAUCCAUGAAAUAAGAUCCUUUCCUAUA